CGCCAUGGCGCCUCCCCUGCAGCCUCAGGGAAGCUGCGGACCCUGGGAGAUGCGCGAGCGCCUCGGCACCGGAGGCUUCGGCAACGUCCUCCGCUGGCAGAACCAGGAGAGUGGGGAAGAAAUUGCUAUCAAACAGUGUCGCCAGGAGCUCAGCCCACGCAACAGAGAAAGAUGGUGCUUAGAAAUACAAAUCAUGAAACGGCUAAACCACCCCAAUGUGGUGGCUGCCCGGGAUGUCCCAGAAGGGAUGCAAAACCUGGCACUGAAUGACUUGCCAUUGCUGGCUAUGGAGUACUGCCAGGGAGGAGAUCUCAGGAGGCACCUGAAUCAGCUUGAGAACUGCUGUGGCCUGCGGGAGAGAGCUAUCCUUAUCUUGCUGUCAGACAUUGCCUCUGCUCUCAGGUACCUUCACGAGAACAGGAUCAUCCACAGAGACCUGAAACCAGAAAACAUUGUCCUUCAACAAGGAAAAGAGAGGCUAAUACACAAGAUCAUUGAUUUGGGGUAUGCCAAAGAGCUGGAUCAAGGCAGCCUUUGCACUUCCUUCGUUGGGACAUUGCAGUAUCUGGCCCCGGAACUUCUGGAGCAGCAGAAAUACACCGUGACUGUGGAUUACUGGAGCUUUGGCACACUGGCCUUCGAGUGCAUCACAGGAUUCCGGCCUUUUCUGCCCUCCUGGCAACCCGUGCAGUGGCAUGCAAAAGUCCGUCAGAAAAGUGAGCUGGAUAUUGUUGUCUAUGAAGACUUGUCGGGAGAAGUGAAAUUUUCUAGUAAGCUGCCACACCCCAACAACCUGAACUGUGUUUUGGCUGAGCGGCUGGAGAAAUGGCUGCAGCUGAUGCUCCAGUGGCAUGCGCGGCAGAGAGGCACUGACCCCACAUACGGCCCCAAUGGUUGUUUCAAGGCUUUGGAUGAUAUAUUGAAUUUAAAACUGGUGCAUAUCCUAGACAUGGUAACGGGCACCGUGCACGUGUAUCCUCUGGCAGAGGACGAGACCUUACAGAGUGUGAAAGCCAAGAUCCAGGCAGAUACUGGCAUCCCAGAGCAGGACCAGGAGCUGCUUCAGGAAGGAGGGUUGGCAUUAAUUUCUGAGAAACCAGCCAUUCAGUAUCUGGCUGACAUCAAGCUAAAUGAUGCCACAGUUGCUGACACAGGCCUCUUCUUCCUGUUCGACAACCGAAAAGUUACAUACAGGCCUCAGAUCUCUCCCCGACCUCAUCCAGAAAGCAUUAACAGUAUUCUUCAGGAUCCAAAGAAGAACCUCUCCUUCCUCCAGCUGCGCAAAGUGUGGGGGCAGGUCUGGCAUACCAUCCGAAGGCUGAAUGAGGACUUCCACCAGCUCCAGCACGGGCAGCGGGCAGCCAUGAGGAACCUUCUGCGCCACAACAGUACCCUUUCCAAGAUGAAGAACACGAUGGCCUCCCUAUCGCAGCAGCUGAAGGCAAAGCUGGACUUCUUCAGAGCCAGUAUCCAGAUUGACUUGGAGAAGUACAAUGAGCAAACUGAAUUUGGAAUCACUUCUGAGAAACUGCUGCUUGCAUGGAAGGAAAUGGAGCAGACUGUGGAGCUCUGUGGGCGGGAGGAGGAAGUUGAGCAGCUGGUGAAGAAGACGAUGGCCCUGCAGACAGACAUUGUGGACCUGCAGAGAAUCCCACAGGGCCCGAAACAAGGGAGCUCUUUGGAUGCCCUAGAGGGACAAGCAAAGGACUUGUACCAGAGACUGAGAGAAAAGCCAAGAGACCAAAGGACUAGCGGAGACAGCCAAGAAGUCGUGAGGCUACUUCUGCAAGCAAUCCAGACCUUUGAAAAGAAAGUCGGCCUCCUUUAUGCUCAGCUCAGUAAAACCGUUGUCUGCAAGCAAAAGGCACUGGAGUUAUUUCCUAAAGUGGAUGAAGUGAUGAGCCUGAUGAAUGAGGAUGAGAAAAUGGUUGUUGAGCUUCAGGAUAAACGGCAGAAAGAGCUGUGGAACCUGUUGAAAAUUGCCUGUAGCAAGGUGCGUGGGCCUGUCAGUGGGAGCCCAGACAGCAUAAGUGCAUCACGCCUUAGUAAUCCUGGUCAACUCUCAUUGCAGGUUCCAGCCCUGCACAGUAGUUUACAGGAUUCUGGGAUUAAAAGUGAGGAGUUACUGGUGGAAUCUCGAAGUCUCUGCAGUCAGCUAGAGAAUGUGAUGCACCACACAAUGAAGGAUCAAGAGCACAGCUUUAUGGCUCUGGACUGGAGUUGGUUGAAACUUCAAGAGGAAGAAAGAGGAAAAGGCCUAGAACAAACCCAGAUGUGAAAAUGGCCACUAUUACAGUAAAUCAUUUAAAAGCUAACAUCUUAAAAGUUGGUAGCCUGCUAUGAAUGAGGCUGCUAUCCUUGUUGAGAAAUCUAUGCCUAUUGCCCACUGACUGAUUGUAUUCAUUUUUUACUCUUAAUCAUCUGUAUAUAUAAAAUAUACCACUUGUGUACUA